AUGGCUGCUCAACUUACCCCCUCGAAGCAGGCUGCUUCCUCCCUCGAGAAUCUUAAAAUGAGCGAUUCCCCCGUCAAGAAGCUCGACUUCCAGUCCGCUGGCAAGGAGAACAUCGCGGCUUUCAAGCCCACCGACGCGCCUGUCGACAAGAUGGGUGACAAGAUUGUUGAAGCCCCCAAGGUUGCUCCUGGCAUCAAGGAGACCGAGGCCAAUGAGCCCCUCCUUCAGGAGAACCCUCACCGUUUCGUCCUCUUCCCUAUCAAGUACCAUGAGAUCUGGCAAAUGUACAAGAAAGCCGAGGCUUCCUUCUGGACCGCCGAGGAGAUUGAUCUGUCUAAGGAUCUCCACGACUGGCACAACCGCCUGAACGAUGACGAGCGUUACUUCAUCUCCCACGUGCUUGCCUUCUUCGCUGCCUCCGAUGGCAUUGUCAAUGAGAACCUGGUUGAGCGUUUCAGUGGAGAGGUUCAGGUCCCUGAGGCUCGCUGCUUUUACGGCUUCCAGAUCAUGAUGGAAAACAUCCACUCUGAGACAUACUCUCUGCUCAUUGAUACCUACAUCAAGGAGCCCAAGCAGCGCGCCUACCUCUUCGACGCCAUUGACACCAUUCCCUGCAUUGCCAAGAAGGCCGACUGGGCCAUCAAAUGGAUCAAUGACCGCAACUCCACCUUCGCUCAGCGUCUGGUUGCCUUCGCUUGUGUUGAGGGUAUCUUCUUCUCCGGCUCUUUUGCCUCCAUUUUCUGGCUCAAGAAGCGUGGCCUCAUGCCCGGCCUGACCUUCUCCAAUGAGUUGAUCUCUCGUGACGAGGGCAUGCACACUGACUUCGCCUGCUUGCUCUUCUCUCAUUUGAACAACCGUCCCACGCCCAAGAUGGUUGAGGAUAUCAUCGUUGAGGCCGUUGGCAUUGAGCAGGAGUUCCUGUCUGACGCUCUUCCCUGCGCUCUCCUUGGCAUGAACUCCAAGCUGAUGUGUCAGUACAUCGAAUUCGUCGCUGACCGUCUCCUUGUCGCUCUUGGCAACAAGAAGUACUACAACGCCACCAACCCCUUCGACUUCAUGGAGUCCAUCUCCCUGGCCGGCAAGACCAACUUCUUCGAGAAGCGUGUCGGUGACUACCAAAAGGCCGGUGUCAUGGCGAGCACUAAGAAGGACACCAGCGGUGCCGAGGGCCAGACCAGCUCCGGCAGCGACGGUCUCAACUUCGACGAGGACUUCUAA